UAAAGAAAGCGAUCAUGCCUGAACCACAGAAAGCAGCGAAGAAGGGCUCUAAGAAAGCCGUCUCAAAGAGCGUCAGCAAGCCCGGCAGCAGGAAGAAGAGGAGACCCAGGAAGGAGAGCUAUGCCAUCUACGUCUACAAGGUCCUGAAGCAGGUCCACCCCGAUACCGGCAUCUCCUCCAAGGCCAUGGGUAUCAUGAACUCCUUUGUGGGCGACAUCUUCGAGCGCAUCGCCGGUGAGGCCUCUCGUCUGGCUCACUACAACAAGCGCUCCACCAUCACCUCCAGGGAGAUCCAAACCGCCGUCCGCCUGCUACUCCCUGGUGAGCUGGCUAAGCACGCUGUGUCUGAGGGCACCAAGGCCGUCACCAAGUACACCAGCUCCAAGUAAACUGACCGCCGAGCAAACCACACAAAGGUCCUUUUCAGGACCACCCACCUCUAAACUAAGAGCGUUGUUUCUAUUCUAUAUCAUCAUGACUCAGGAAUUAGGACUAGAAUAGAGAUGUGGCUACAAUGAGUUUAAACACGAUCAGAUUAAUAUUUUAAGAGGUAAAGCAAUGUCGAACUACCUGGUAAGUAUUUACCAAGCUAUGUCUGGGUAUAUUCAUUUUCUGCAGUCUUUCUGUUUCCCUACAUUUGUGUAAACUGACUGCUUUUACCAUUACAUUAAGAAAUGUAAACUUUAAAGUCAUGUCAAGCGUAACAAAUUUUGAACACAAUCAAUCCCAAUUAUUUAUAAUAUCUCUAUAGGUUAAAAACCUAACCUUAAUGAAUGAAUUUGGUCAAAGAGUGAGAGGUGUUGCAUGAAAAUAUUAUCAUAUAUUCUCAUUCCUCAUUUUCUUAAUCAUGGAGAAAAUGAAACUAUGAACUACUGUUGCUUUCCCUUGUAUAAUUCCAGUAAGGUAUGGAUGACAACAUUGGAAUUGAGUGAUAGCAGUAGCAGUCAGGAUUAUACAGGUCAGCAGAUAGUCAUAGUGCAGGACUGAUUUAAUGAUUCUGAUCAAUCACUGCUGUGGUCUACAACAUGUCUGGGAUAGCAAAGGAUUGUGGUCAUUUCAGUCCUGUAAAUAUUCUCUGGGACUUUUAUUUACAUGAAACUCGCAUAACAAAUUCAUGCAUGUUACUUGUUGAAAAUGCAUAUGUUUAAACAAUGAAUUGCUUGCAGUAUUUACUUCAACCGUACCUGAUGCUGAUUGCUGAAUGUCACCAACAUACAAGCAACAGACUGCUACACACUGUUCAAAUAACUUCAUUGUAUGACUGCUCAUAAUAUAUAAAUACACAACCACUGAUCUGUCUUUAUCUCCUUAGAACACAAAGUGCAACAGGUUCAGAGAGUUACCACAAAUGGAAACCAAUAUUUAUUCCACCUCCCACUACACAUUCUUAUCACAUUCAACAAGACCCACUGUCAUUAUUUAAACA